AUGGAUUCCAAAGAGUCAAUUUUACCAACCGAAGGCGAGCGUCUUAAAUCCAUCGAAAUGCCUCAAUCCGAUAACGAGGUUACUGAUGGAUCAGUCGAAGACGAAAUAGAGGACGACGAGCGGGAAACUGACGAUAGUGCGGAGGAUACUGACGAAGAACUUGGUGCGGGUGUCGGUGAAGUACUGAAAGAAGACUCGGCGAGUGCCAUGACUGUAUCCGAGCGGUUUGUUGUUCUCGGCACCCAUAAUGGCUCAGUCCUUCUACUUGAUUUUCAGGGAGAUGUUGUUAAUCGCUUCACUAAACAUACUGCGUCUGUGUCUGAUAUCUCUAUUGAUGCCUCUGGAGAGUAUGUGGCAAGCGCGUCACUUGACGGAAAAGUUGCAAUAUAUGGUUUAUAUCCAGAGAGUUCUGGAUCCAGCGAUUCCAAAGAAGCAUAUCCUGUAGAGGUAUACGACUACAAACGACCAGUGAAAUGUGUCGCCUUGGAUCCGGAAUAUAAUAGAAAGAAGACGCGUCCAUUCGUAUGUGGCGGAAUGGCUGGAAUAUUACAUUUGAGAGAAAAAGGAUGGUUUGGCGAUAAGGACACCCCAUUACAAGGCUCUGGUGAAGGACCUAUUACUGCUGUCAAGUGGAGAGGGUCAUUGAUUGCUUGGGCUAAUGAUGAGGGUGUAAAGAUGUAUGAUACAAACUCGCAGAGCCGUAUUACUUGGAUUGCUAGACCUUCUGAUAGUCCAAGAGCCGAUUUAUAUCGAUGCAAUUUGUGUUGGCGCGACGACACAGUGUUAAUGAUUGGCUGGGCCGACAGUAUACGUCUUGCUGUAGUCAGAGAGACUCCUAGACAAGAAAUUGCACAGGGCAAGCCACCGUUAUAUGCUGAAAUUACCGCACAAAUCACAACAGAUUUUAUUGUCUGUGGUAUUGCGCCAUUUAAAGAUAUGAUGUUAUUAUUGGCGUAUACAACCGCUGACAUACACCAACAUGAAGAAACAGAUGACCCAGAGAAACAGAAACGACAGAAAGCCAGACGCCCUGAACUGCGCGUAAUCAACUCAGCCAACGAAGAAAUAUCAAGUGAUGAACUACCUCUCCGCGGAUUUCAACAUUAUCAACCGAACGACUAUGUGCUAGACUAUUUGUCAUCAGAAGACAUGUUCUACGUAGUCAGUCCCAAAGAUCUUGUAGUUGCAAAGGAGCGCGAUUUAGACGAUCAUAUUACGUGGCUAAGGGAGAGAUCAAGAUAUUAUGAGGCAUUGCAAUCGCUUAGAGGGGCACCAGUCUAUAAUGGUGCUAGUGGAUAUACGAUCAAAGGGUUAGGGCAAGAGUAUUUGGAGUAUCUAGUACGGGAGAAGGAGUUUGAUAAGGCGGCAACAGAAUGCCCCAAUAUACUUGGUGACGACGCUGAGCUGUGGGAGCGAUGGAUAUACGCAUUUGCUGAUAUGUGGGAAUUACAGUCAAUUACCCCAUUUAUUCCAUACAAAAAACCUCAAUUGAGUGAUGCGGUGUACGAAAUGGUAUUAUUACACUUCCUACGGAAUGACCACCAGUCUCUGAUAAAAACCAUCAUGGAUUGGCCUUCGACAAUAUACAACAUAAGAAAUGUUAUUGUCUUGGUUGAAGAGGCGUUAAGUAAAGAGAACGACAACCCUAUUUUAAUGGAAUGUUUAGCUGAAUUAUAUGCAUACAAUCGCGAACCAGAUAAAGCUCUCGAAUAUAAUCUCAGGCUACGUCGUCCAAAUAGACAGAGCGAAGGACCUGCUGUGCAAUUAUUGGUUCAGAACACAGAGCUCGUACCUACUUUUUUGGUCGUCAGGGAAUUAAAAGAAAACCCGUACUUUAUGUACAUCUACUUGGAUGCACUGUUCCAUCAUGAUCCUCAUCUCGGUUAUGAGUAUCACGACAUGCAGAUUGAAUUGUAUGCCGAAUAUGAAUAUGACGGACUCAUGGAAUUUCUGCGUACGAGUAAUUAUUACUCACUUGAUCGGGCCUAUGAAAUAUGUAAGCAAAGAGACUUGGUACCUGAGAUGGUUUUCAUCCUCGGACGUAUGGGCAACAAUAAGCAAGCAUUGAUGUUGAUCAUCGAACGCUUGCAAGACGUACAACGCGCCAUUGAUUUUGCGAAAGAACAAGAUAACGAAAUACUCUGGGAAGACCUUCUUGUAUACUCAUUAGACAAACCUCGCUUCAUUAUUGGUCUUCUUGAUAAUCUCGGCAGCACCAACAUUGAUCCUAUUGCUAUGAUACGCCGUAUUCCGGGAGGAUUGGAGAUACCCGGAUUGAAACAAGCACUCAUUAAAGUAUUACAAGACUACAACCUGCAAGCAUCCUUACGAGAAGGUUGCGAAAAGAUAUUGGUCAAUGAUAGUGUAGCAAUGGUUUAUCAGCUCAAUCAAGCGCAGAAGCAUGGCAUAUCUUGUGAAGCGGAAUUGAAUUGUUCGAUAUGCCAAGAGACCAUUAUUAGAGACGAUCUAAACUCAACGCCAGACCCAAAGGCGACGACGAUAAUAUUUUUCUGUAAACAUGCGUACCACAAACAAUGCCUUCUGGAUGAGGAAAGUUUUGAAUUGUCUAAUCAAGCAUUGAAACCAGCUGGAGGACGUUUUGGAAUAGCUCCAAAAAUCAGACACACCACUUUGCUACGAUCUUUAGGACGUCCUCCACAGUGUCCUAUUUGUCAUGAAGCACAGCAUAAACAUAAGCCCCUCAAUAAAGUAAAACGCGAGACUGGUCCAAUUAAGGGAUUUGUUAGGAGAGUCACGAUUCGUAAUGCUGACGUCUACGCAAGUGGUCAUGUUGCCAAAAGCAUGGCCAUUGCCCACGACCUUGAGCAUGGACUGAAGCGGAAACUGCUCCUGGACGAAUGCCAGUUGUACCAGCGAUGUGCCGAGACAAUUGUUACAUUAGGCGAUUGCGCGCCUCGAAACGCUCCUACAGACAUGACUGUGUAUUUGCGCAUACUAUUGACGCUAAAAUUUCUACAUGCUCUGAAGAUUAUCGGGAAUUUACCUGCCAUGUCGCACAACCUUCCAGGUCGUGCAGGCUCAAAUACUAUCCCUUCAUUGGACACUCAGAUCCAUAAAUAG